AUGGCUCCCAGCCCCUGGGGCUGUGUGUAUGGCCGCCUGCUGCUGUUGCUGCUGCUGUCCCUGGCGGCUGGCUCUGCCCUGGGCCGGGGCCUUCCCAGGCCACUUGAGGACUUGGAACCACACUUGAUCCCAGGAGCCCACCCCAAGGGCCCUGUUGGCACAGAGCCCCAGGCCUUUGACUUCUUCUGGGAGAAGCCCAGAGACGAGAGCCCCUGGAACUCCAAUGUCCCCCAGGUCCCUGCUGAGGAGAUGCCUGAGAGGCCCACAGACUCCCUUGGCCCAGCCCUGCAUGGACCUAAAGCAGCCCAUGGGGCGCAGAGAGAAGGACUCCCAGUAACUGAUGACCUCCAGGUGGCUCGAGGGCCAAUUUUUCAGGGCUGGACAGGACCUCCUGAAUCACAGGAGUCUACGGAGCAAGAAGCACCAGCCCCCUAUCCAGUGGGCACCCCCCAUCUCACUUUCAUCCCCACAACUCCCAGACUCCAACUCGGGCUAGCCACGGUUCCUCCCAUCCCAGGGCAGCCUGGAAGCCAAGUGGGACAGCGACCACCUAGAGAUGAGGGUCUUGUGGCCAAAGCCAAGAUCGGAGUCUCAGAGACAUCCCCCUGGGACCACAAGGGCCCUCCCCACACUCUUGUGCCACACCCAGGCACUAUCAUGAGGCCAGGGCUGAAAGAACAGGGUGGGAGUGAGGAGGACUUCCAGGAGGCAGCUCAAGGCCCCCUCUCCACCCAGCAGGAUCCAGCAGCUCCUGAUGUUGGCUCAGUAUCACCAGCUGAGGCGGCAUCCUCUCAGGAGCCUAGGUCCCAGCCAGACCUGGCAUUGGCCAGAAGCCUUCCUCCUGCUGAGGAGCUGCCCAUGGAGCUCCCCAAGAAGGCUGGAGGUGGGGAGACCUGGGAAGUCAGUAUUCCAAGUCCCUCACCCAAACAGACUGACCUCCCUGAUGUUAGGGGCUCAUCAGGACCCCAGCCCUCAGGUCCCCCAGCCUCAGAGACUCCUAAUGGGCAGCCCAAGCCAGAGAUAGCAGCAAUGAAUGGAGCAGACCCCAUCUCCCCCCAGCGGGUGAGAGGAGCAGUGGAGGCCCCAGGUACCCCCAAGUCCCUCAUCCCUGGCCCUUUGGACCCUGGCCCAACUACAAACGGAACAGAGAGCCCUGUGGGAGCCCUGCAGCCAGAUGAAGCCGAGGAGUGGCCGGGGCGUCCCCAAAGCCAUCCCCCAGCGCCCCCUGUCCAGGCCCCCUCGACGUCACGCCGGGGCCUCAUUCGGGUCACCACGCAGCGUGCCCUGGGCCAGCCACCCCCUCCGGAGCCCUCCGCCAGCUCCGUGGCAUCAGUCCCAGCCUCCAGCCCCCCGGCCAACGCCACCUCACCCCCCCUGCGCUGGGGUCCCCUGCGGCGGGUGCUGAGCUUUUCCUGGGAGCUGCACGUCUACGGGGUCGGGGUGCUCUUCCUGCUGCCUGCGUUGUUGGCACUGGCCUCGCUGGCAGCCGCCCCUGCGGGGCCCCGGUUGGCACUGGUGGCGGCGGUGCUGGUGCUGGUGGCGUCGGGGCUGCGGUCCGCCUACAUGCUCACCGACCCCUAUGGCUCGCAGGCACGAUUGGGUUUACGCGCCGGCCUGGUGCUCUACAAUCUGCCCUUUCCCUUGCUACUCACCGCGCUGGCGGCCCUGACCCUGCUCGGCCUGGGCGCGGGGCUGCCACAGCAGCUGCAGAACCCGCUCCUCCUGGGAGCGCUGGCGUUGGCGCACGGCUUGGGGCUGCUCGCCACAGACCUGCUGUCAGCGAAGCCUGCGCUCAACCUCCUGGCUCAGGGCUUAUCGUGCGCCUGGGGCGCGUCCGUGGCUCUGGGCACGCUCUGCCUGUGCCGUCGCCGCCUGCUGGACGGGCCGAGGGGCUGGGAUGCCAGCCCGGGCCCCAGGCUGCUGGCCGUGGCGGGCGCGCUGGGGCUGCUGGCCAGUGGCUUGCAGCUGGCGGCCGCGCUCUGGCUGUACCCGGGCCCCGGCCGGGUGGGCCACUUCUCGUGGGCCUGGUGGGGCGUCCACUUCUGGCUGCGCCUGCUGGAGCUGACGUGGGCGCUCACCCUGGCGCUGGCCGCUCUGGCCGCCGCGCGGCCCAGGCCGCCCACAGAGCACGCCUGCUGGGCUAAGCUGCUGCGCCUGGCGUGCCCUACGCCCUCCGGCAAGAGCGAGGUGCCCGAGAGGCCCAACAACUGCUACGCGGGGCCCAGCAGCGUCGGCGCAGGUACCCUGGACAUUAGCAAGAGCCUCAUGCGCAACCCGGCGGAGGGUGGGCCUCCAGCCACGCCCAGUUCAGGCGCCUGGGGUUCGGCUGCGUCGCUGGGCCGCGGUCCCCUGGGUGGCCCGGGACUGUCCCGCAGCAGCAUGGGGCCGGCGCCAUCGAUGAGCGAGCUGGACCUGCGGCCGCCAUCACCCAUCAACCUGAGCCGCAGCAUCGACGCCGCGCUCUUCCGAGAGCACUUGGUGCGAGACAGCAUCUUCCGGCGCUGCGGCCUCCGUGGCCUGGCCUCCCCGCCGCCCGGGGGCGCGCUGCGGCCGCGCCGGGGCAGCCACCCCGACGCCGAGCUAGAUGGCGCAGGUUCUUCGCUCCUCCGCGGCCGCAGCCGGUCGCUCAGCGACGUGCGCGUGCGCGGCCCGGUCCCACCACAUGUAGUGGACGAGCCUGUCGGGGCGGCUUCCGGCAGCUCCGUGGACAGCUUCUCACGGGCCUCGCUCAAGAUCAGCUGGAACCCCUGGCGCCACGGGCUGUCGUCGAUGGACAGUCUGCCCCUGGAUGAGCUGCCCAGCACGGUGCAGCUACUGUCUGCCCCAGCUCCUGCCCCGGGUCCCGCCCGGCCCGGGGAGCCCCAGAACGGGAUCCAGCCUCGCUGCAAGCCCGGGGACUCCCGCAGCGCCUCCAGUGACACCAUCGAGCUCUGAGGGGGUCCAGAAACUCAGGACCAGGGCCCCGCCCUCGAUGGCCCU